GCAGCAAGCAAGCAUCGGCCGCAGGCGACGCAACCAGCCAGUCCACUUUAGUCCAACAAAAGCAGCAUCUCAUAGACUGCAUUCUUGUCUCGCUCACACCCACCUCCCGUCAUCGCCAUCAUGACCCAGACAGCAUUGAAACCCUCCCUCGACGAGGUCAAGACCCUCCUCGAGACUGCCACCUCGACCCCGACCACCCUCCUGCCAAAGGCGUCGUCCGGCUUCCCCUCAUCAUCAGGUGUCGCCGCUGGUGCAGUCACCCCCGUUGAGCACCAGCGCCCCAACCUGGUGCCAGUGUACGACGACAUUCCCGCCGACCUCCUCACCCCCGUCGCUGCUUACCUCAAGGUGUCCGAGGGAAGCAACUACUCGUUCCUCCUCGAGUCAAUCACCGGUGGCGAGAACCUCGCACGGUAUUCCUUUGUCGGCGCCGACCCCCUCAAGACGGUGCGUACCGGCGAGGGCUUUGACGUCGAGGGCGACCCGCUCGAGGCAUUGGAGAAGGACCUCGACCAGUACCGCUAUGUCAAGCUCGACGCGGUGCCAACGUUCACCGGCGGAGCUGUCGGCUUCAUCACAUACGACUCGAUCUCCCACUUCGAGCCCGUGACCAAGCCCGCCACGCCGCCCCGGAACCCCAUUCCCGGCAUGCCCGAGGCCUUCUUCAUGCUUGCCCAGACGAUUGUCAUCUUUGACCACAUCUUCCAGUCGAUCAAGAUUGUCUCGCACGUCUACCUUCCUGACGGCGAGCCCAUCUCCAAGCUCCCCGAGCUGUACGCCGAGGCUGCUGCGCGCAUCGCCGCCGUCAAGGCCAAGCUCGUGGCACCUGGUGUCCCGGACGUGCCGCAAGGCCCUAUCACCCUCGGCAACGAGGCCAUCAGCAACGUCGGACAGGCUGGCUACGAAGCGUUUGUCACCAAGCUCAAGGAGCACAUUGUCAAGGGCGACAUUAUCCAGGCUGUCCCUAGCCAGCGUCUUGCUCGCAAGACCGACCUGCACCCAUUCAACGUCUACCGCCACCUCCGCCGCCUCAACCCCAGCCCGUACAUGUUCUACCUGAACUGUGGCGACGUCCAGCUCGUUGGAGCGUCGCCCGAGACGCUGUGCAAGGUCGAGGGACGCAAGGUGUACAACCACGCCAUUGCCGGCACGGUCAAGAGAGGAAAGAACGCUGCCGAGGACGCCGAGCUGGGCCAGGGCCUGCUCGCGUCGGAGAAGGACCGCGCUGAGCACAUCAUGCUGGUCGACCUGGCGCGCAACGACGUGAACCGCGUGUGCAAGCCCGAGACGGUCAAGGUGGACGACCUGAUGCGGUUGGAAAAGUUCUCUCACGUCAUCCACAUCACGUCGCAGAUCAGCGGCAUUCUCCGCGACGACCAGUCGCGAUUUGAUGCGUUCCGCUCCAUCUUCCCUGCCGGCACCGUGUCGGGUGCGCCCAAGGUCAAGGCGAUUCAGCUCGUCGGUGGCCUCGAGCAGGAGCGUCGUGGCGUGUACGCUGGCGCCGUUGGACGGUUCGACUUUGACCGCAACGAGCUCGACACGUGUAUCGCCAUCCGCACAAUGACGUUCAAGGACGGCACGCUGUACCUCCAGGCUGGCGGCGGUAUCGUGUUCGACUCGGUGGAGUAUGACGAGUGGAUGGAGACGUGCAACAAGGCAGCCGCCAACAUCAAGGCGAUUGCGUCGGCCGAGGAGUACCACUACGCGCUCCAGCAGCAAAAGGCAUAAGUCAGUAGACAGGGAUAGACAGUGUGUGCAUACAGUAGGCGGCUUGUUUGUAGAUGUGUGGCAUGACACAAUCACUGCCACGCCGACACCCCCGAGUUAGUCACCAGUGCUCGCGCGGCCCCUCUGGCCCUCGACGUGGCACUCGACGCCAC